AUGACGGCGACUGUUGGACCGUUCGAUUUGAGUGAAUCUGUCGAGUUUGACUCGACGAUUCAGCCACAUCCAUCACAGUGUGUGAUAGUGCCGGUGGAGGAGAAGCAGAAGGAUAAGCAAGAAUUGGAGGACGAGAAAUGGGAGAGGAACGUCAAGAAAAAGGUUACUUUUCAUCGUUUUAUAUCGGGGAGCGUCGCGGUAGCGUCUCGGGAAUGGGCUCUUUCUUCUCUUCCCCCUUUGCCUUUUAUAACUGUUGCACCCAUGGCGCAGACGGUAUAG